CUUGGGGGGGAGGGGGAGGGAUGACUCGACGGAGGUGGAUGGAUGGAGCUUAUUAAUAUAGGUUGAUCUGGGCUGCUUUUGUGGUUCUUUCUGUUUAUAUAUCUUUGUUGUAUAUCCUUCUUGGUGCUGCCGCGGGUCAAACACGGCGAGAGAAUAUACACCGAAGAUUGAGGACUGAGGAUCGAGGAUCGAGGAUUAUAUAUACGACGCCCUCCCCUCACCCUCCUCCUCACCACCAAGCCGGCUCUUCGGCCUAGACGGGGCGGGGUCAUACUAUCAAUAUACCGCCCUCCUCCUCCCCCUCAUCAAACAAUACCAUACCGGGAGAAGUGAUACUGGCAACACCCACCAGCACCACCAGCACCACCAGCCAACCUUCCCCUCGAGAAUGGCCACCACCACUGCCGCCGCCCUCUCCACCUCCCACCCUCAGCACGACUCCAAAUCCGCCUCCUCCGGCCAAUUGACAACCAACCCCGCCGCUGACAAUGGCUCUUCCACAACAGACACCGAGAAAACCCCCGUUGUCGUGGGACUCGCGCCCCUCGCUGCGCUCCCGGUGCCAGAUGUUGCGCCUGAUGGGGGGUAUGGAUGGGUUGUUGUGGGGUGUGUGUUUAUGAUUAAUGCGCAUACUUGGGGGAUUAAUUCAUCCUACGGCGUCUUCCUCUCCUACUACCUCCAGCACGGCUUCUUCCCCGGCGCCUCCCCCCUCGAAUACGCCUUCGUCGGCGGUCUCUCAAUCGCAAUGUCCCAAGUCGUCUCGCCCCUCGCAACCUACCUAAUCCGGCGGUGGGGAAUCUACAUCCCCCUCCUCGCGGGGAUCGUUCUCCAAACCUCCGCGCUGCUGGGCGCCUCCUUCGCUACCUCGAUCUGGCACCUCUUCCUCUCCCAAGGCGUAUGUUUCGGUCUCGGCAUGGGACUUAUAUUUAACGCCACCGUCGGCUUAGUCCCGCAGUGGUUCGAGAAACGCAGGAGUUUCGCGAAUUCAAUCGGCACCGCCGGCUCCGGGAUAGGGGGUCUGAUAUACUCCCUCGCCACACAGGCGAUGAUCGAAUCCCUCGGUCUAGGGUGGGCAUUUCGCAUCCUAGCAAUCUGUUCCUUUACCGUAGUCUCCAUCGCCACGCUCCUCAUCCGCGAUCGCAACAUCGCCGUAGGAGCAAUCUACAACGCCUUCGACCUCCGUCUCCUUCGGCGUCCACAAUUCCUCCUCACCCUCGCGUGGGCCUCCUUCAGCAUGAUCGGCUACGUCAAUUUAUUGUUUUCCCUCCCCAAUUACGCUGUUAGUAUCGGCCUCACCGCCACGCAGGCUUCGGUCGUGGGUGCGAUUCUGAAUUUGGGUCAGGGCAUUGGGAGGCCGUUGAUUGGGUAUUUUAGUGAUUCGUUGGGGAGGAUUAAUAUGUGUCUCUUCUGCACGCUCGGGUGCGGGGUGUUGUGCUUCGCGCUGUGGAUCCCGGCGGAGAGUUAUGCGCUGCUUCUUGUUUUUGCGCUGCUUGGUGGUGGGGUGGCGGGGACGCUGUGGACGACUGUUGCGCCUGUUACUGCGGAGGUGGUGGGGUUGUCGAUUUUACCCUCCGCGCUGAGUUUGGUGUGGGUGUCUUUGGUGUUGCCGAGUACGUUCGCCGAAGUGAUUUCGUUGGAGUUGAGGAGGGACCAGAAGCCGAUUUAUAGGGAUGCGCAGGUAUUUACGGGGAUGAUGUAUGUGGGGGCUGCGAUGAUGUUGUGGUUUGUGAGGGCAUGGAAGGUGAGGGAUGUGGAGAGGGAGAGGGUGGAGAAGGAGGGGGGUGCGGGGAAUAGGGAGGGGGAGGGGGAGGGGUUGCAGAGGACGAGGAGUGUGGCGAGGAGUGUGAGGAGUGUGGCGGUGGCUAGUAGGGGGUUGUGGGUUUGGACGAAGGUUUAA